AUGCUUACAACCUUCAGGCGUGAUCUGGGAUUCUUCCCCAAACGCCCCUGUUGGGCGGGCGCCAGCAGCCUCUUGGCGCGCCCGGGCAGGCGUUGGGCUGGGAGCUGCGUGGUGCGGUGGUUCUCAGGCUGCGCGCGGGAGUGCCGGCACCUGGCACCCAGCACCCAGCACCCAGCACCCAGCACCUGGCACCGGCUCAAGCCAGGAGCUUUCAGACCACUCGAGUACCCGCUGCCCCUCUCGUCCCUCCUCACCAGCCCUGAGUGCGUGCCUCUAAUGACUGUCCUUUUCCUCUCUGCCCCUUGCCUCUUCCUGCUCCAGGCAGCCCAGAAGGGACCCAUGAGGAAGGAUCUGCCGUGUGCACCUCCUUGUCUAACCCUCUCCUCUCUCCUCCUGCCACCGUACACCUGGCGCCCGUCGCCUGCAGAAGUCCAUGAAGAAGUUCAUAAGCCAGAGGAGAAGCCAAGACCCAGACUCACUGCUCCUAAGAUCCCAGAAGGGGAGAAAGUAGACUUCGAUGACAUCCAGAAGAAACGCCAGAACAAAGACCUCAUGGAGCUCCAGGCUCUGAUCGACAGCCACUUCGAAGCCCGGAAGAAGGAGGAGGAGGAGCUGGUUGCUCUCAAAGAAAGAAUUGAGAAGCGCCGUGCAGAGAGAGCAGACCAGCAGAGAAUCCGUGCCGAGAAGGACAGGGAGCGCCAGAAUAGAUUGGCGGAGGAGAAAGCCAGGAGGGAGGAGGAGGAAGCCAAGAGGAAAGCUGAGGAUGACCUGAAGAAGAAGAAGGCUCUGUCCUCCAUGGGUGCCAACUACAGCAGCUACCUGACCAAGGCCGACCAGAAGAGAGGCAAGAAACAGACUGCCCGGGAGAUGAAGAAGAAGAUCCUGGCUGAGAGACGCAAGCCGCUCAACAUUGACCACCUCAGCGAGGACAAGCUGAGGGACAAGGCCAAGGAGCUCUGGGACACCCUACACAAGCUCGAGACUGACAAGUUUGAGUAUGGGGAGAAGCUGAAGCGUCAGAAAUAUGAUAUCACCAACCUCAGGAGCCGCAUCGAACAGGCCCAGAAGCAUAGCAAGAAGGCCGGUACCCCGGCCAAGGGCAAGGUUGGAGGGCGCUGGAAGUAA